GUUAAAAAUAAUUUAAGAAUCUUAAAACGAAUGAAAAUGAGAACUUUGGCGAAAACCUUCAUAAUUGUGGCAGUUUUUUCAUUGACUGCUUGCUCGAUUCCUGAAAGUCCUGGAAUUAUUGCAGAUACCAUUAGAGGCUUUGCUAACAAAUGCACCCUUAAAUGCCCAUCAAGAGUCACACCUGUACCAAAUCCAAACUACCAAAAGACUUUUAAUGGAUGUGGCUCUAAAGGGAUCACAGUUGAUCCAAGCAAACUUCCAAGACCUCAAUUUGAACAGUGUUGCAACAGCCAUGAUUACUGCUAUGACACAUGCAACAUUAAGAAGGAUGAAUGUGACACUGCAUUUAGAAACUGCAUGUUGAUUGCAUGUGGAAACGCAUUUGAUUGUGACACAAAAGUUUGCAAAGCAAAUACAGAAGCAUUUUAUAAUAUUGUGAAACAAUUAGGAUGCAGCUCUUAUCUUGAAGCACAAAAAGGCGCCUGUCUUUGUAAGUAGUUGUAGUUAAAUUGAAAUUAAGAACACUUUUUAAAGUUUUUAUAGAUUUGUUUCUAUUAUGCAUCAAUAAAAUUUAUUCAAAUUCU